AUGGCCGCGGCGCCGGCCGGCAUCAUUUACCUAUCGAUGGGCUUCUCGGUGCGCUCGGUACGGCUGCCGGCGGCGCUGUGCCAACUGUUUGUCUCGGGGUUUACGCGUCUGCCGCAUCAGCACGUUCUUUGGACGUGGGCGGGCAAUGCCACCGAGCAGCUGCCCAACCUGCCGGCCAAUGUCCGCUUACGCGAUUGGCUGCCUCAGCGACUUGGCCAUCGGCGGCUCCAGCUAUUCAUUACACACGGCGGCCUCCUCAGCCAACACGAGGCUGUUUUUCAUGACGUGCUGCUCCUGAUGCUGCCCGUGUUCUGCGACCACGCUGCCAAUGCCGCCCAGGCCCAGCACAAUUGCUAUGCCAGGCGACUGGAGCUGGCCCAGCUUGAGGAGGAGGCUCUAUAUUGCGCCAUAUACGAUGUCCUGCAUAAUGAUUGCUAUCGGCACGCCGACGCGAGACCAGCUGGCUUGCCCUUGCGGCAGUCUGUCUACUGGACGGAGUUUGUCAUCAGGCACAAGGGCGCAAAGCAUUUGCAGCAUCCAUCCAGGUAA